CGCUACUGACACGUGUUGGCUGUGCUUUCUAACAACGAUUUCACGAAUGCUGCUUUACCUUAUUAAAAGUGCAUUGAUGUUCGUAAACGCUCGAGCGUUUUGCUUACUGGCACUUUGCUCGCUUGUGCAUUAAUGUAAUGUAUUUUGCACGUGCAUAUUAUUAUAUGCUGCCGUAACUCGAUAGAGUGCAUUUAAGCUCGUCAAGUUUCGAUUUCGCGUCCUAGAUUGUUUUGGCUGCGCGGAACGCGUCGUUUCUCCGGCGUUUUAAGAGCUUAGAGUCUCACUGCGGUCUCCCAGAUGAUGCGUCGCAUGACUGCCCUGAAACUAAAGGAAGCUGGUUUUGAAGCAGUGAGCGCGCAAUGACGCCGUUGUUGUGCGCAAAUGUGUUGACGCCACCUGUGGUCUCUUAAACCGAUCGAUUCAGGAAGAUUUAGGCACUUUGACCGGGAGAGCGUUCCGUUUGCACGGCAUCCGCGUCGCUUGCGCUUUCCAACCGAGUUUAGGUCGUGCGUCACGCGUUAGUGGAGAGUUUAAAUGGUGCUCCGAAAGUUACCCGGUGUCUCCGCAUCGGGCAUGGGGCUUCGUCUGUCUCAGAAAUUCGUGUUUCUGCUGUUCCUGUCGGGGUUGGUUACUCUGUGCUUCGGGGCACUCUUCUUUCUACCCGACACCGUGCGCCUCAAGCGCAUCUUCCUCUCCAAGAACGAGAACCCCGCGGUGACCGUGGGCUCCGACAAUGAGCUUUCCAAAAAGGCGCCAGGGGACCCGGAACAUCAGCGGGCGGGUUUAAAAGGGGGCGAGGGGGCGAACGCCAAGCUCAAGGUGAGCCGCAGGCCCUCGGUCACCCACGGAGCGAGGACCGUGGAGAGGUCUGUUGGGAGUAGAGCGCAGGACGAGUGGAGUCCGGCGAGGGCGCAGGAACCGGCGGCCAGAGACGAGCGGGUCACCUCGGCCGCUCGCGACGGGGAACGCGGCAGCGCCCGCGACUACGAGGCGUUUAAAAAGUGCUCGCUCAAACCGGCUUUGGGGAAGAACCGGGGAACUCCGUCGGAUUCAGAGACGCUUCAGCGGAGGGAGAAAGUCAAAGAGAUGAUGAAGUUCGCCUGGGACAACUACAAACGUUACGCCUGGGGAAAGAAUGAACUUCGACCUCUGACCAGGAACGGACACAUCGGGAAUAUGUUCGGUGGACUCAGAGGCGCUUCAAUCGUGGAUUCCCUGGACACGCUGUACAUCAUGGGUCUGACGGAGGAGUAUGAGGAAGCCAAGGAAUGGGUCCAAAACAACCUGGACCUGAACUCGAACGGAGAGGCGUCUCUGUUCGAGGUGAACAUCCGUUACGUUGGCGGUCUUCUCUCUGCGUACUACCUGACGGGAGCUGAGAUAUUUAAGCAGAAGGUGGUGGAGCUGGGCGACAAGUUGUUACCCGCCUUCAACACGCCCACCGGCAUCCCCAGAGGAGUCAUUAACCUGGGCAGUGGCACGAGCUGGAGCUGGGGCUGGGCUUCGGCCGGCAGCAGUAUUCUGGCUGAGUUCGGGACGCUGCACCUGGAGUUCCUUCAUCUCUCAGAACUCUCCGGAAACCCCUCGUUCACUGAGAAGGUGAUGAACAUCCGAAAGCUGCUGAACAAAAUCGAGAAGCCUCACGGUCUGUAUCCCAACUUCCUGAGUCCCGUCAGCGGCAACUGGGUCCAGCAUCACGUCUCCAUCGGGGGUCUCGGGGACAGUUUCUACGAGUACCUGAUCAAAUCCUUCCUGAUGUCAGACAAGACGGAUCAGGAGGCCAAGAAGAUGUACUACAGCGCCAUGGAGGCCAUCGAGACUAACCUGGUGCAGAAGUCCCCGGGCGGCCUGACGUACGUGGCCGAGUGGCGAGGAGGGAUCCUGGACCAUAAGAUGGGUCACCUGGCCUGUUUCUCCGGCGGGAUGAUCGGCAUCGGGGCCGACGACGGCCCGGCGGAGCAGAAGCAGCAUUACCUGGACCUGGCCGCUGAAAUCACUCACACCUGUCACGAGUCCUACAGCCGCUCGGCCACCAAACUGGGUCCGGAGGCGUUCCGCUUCGAUGCAGGACGCUCAAAUUUAGCGCUAAAUCUUCUGGCCAACUUCAGCGUGACGGAAAUAGCAGCUCUCCUGUUCUACAGCGCGCCUCACGAAUCUCUUGUAUCUCCGGCCAGCAAGGAACUGCGUUUAUUUGAUCGAAAAUACACUGUGUUGUUACGAGGCGCUCUGUGUUCGCAGGCUCUGGAGAAGCACUGCCGUGUGGACGCGGGUUUCUCAGGAAUCAGAGACGUGUACUCCUCCACGGUCAGUCACGACAACAUGCAGCAGAGCUUCUUCUUGUCCGAGACGCUCAAAUACUUGUACCUGCUGUUCUCGGACGAUGAUCUCCUGCCGCUGGAGGACUGGGUGUUCAACACAGAAGCUCAUCCGCUGCCCGUUAUACGCAAGAGAUGCCUGCAGGAGCACAGCGUCACACCAGACCACGGACAGACCGACCCGGAGUAGUCUUUAGCCACACACACACACACACACACACACACACACAGGGAUUCAACCUCACGGGUCCCGAUACGGAUUCUCAGCUCCUUUCCUGUAAAGGAUCUCUUCAUAUAUAUAAAUAUACGCUGUGAUUGUAUAUCUCUGAGCCGAGGUUUCCCGCUCUCCGGCGCAGUUUUCCGUGGACAAUCAGUGAAACGUGACUUUCAUGAGAAGAGCACCUUUUUUUCUUUGCUUCUUUCCUCUGUGAGGAAAAAAAAAACCCCAGAAUAACUUGCAGCCCCGAGUCCGUGGGAGGAGAGCCGUACGACGGCGGGCCACGCUGAGCGAAAGAGAAAACCACUUUUCUUCACGUCUCACCUGUAAUUUAUCUUUUUCUUUCAUCCUUUCAUUGUGUAUUCCUUUCCCGUCUCUUCUGCCAAAGCGUUUGCGGUCUUUUUUAUUUCCUUUUCUCUCCCAGCACCCUGAUAUUUUGUUCUAUCUAGUUUCGAGUCCAAUUUCGUGCUAUGAUUUUUUUAUUUUUUUUUUUUGAUUAUUUCCAAGGACUGGGGUAUUUACAAACCCGACAAAAGGAUCCUUUGUGAAAUGCGUUGUACAGAAUCCUUCGGUUUGAGAGAUGUCGUUGGCAGGGCAGGAUUGUUUUACGUGAUUUUAAACUUAAACUGGUAUUUUUUUAUGCUUCGACUGCAUUGUGAGCCUCGGUGUUGUGCACGACAUGCCAUGUUUCAAAGACCAGCAUCACCAGAGCGGAAAAACUCACUUGCACUGACGGCGGACGGCCACUAGGGCUGGGCGAUUAAAUACCGAAAAUUCAUUAUAUUUUCGCAGCGAAUUGCACGCAAUUAUUUUAAUGUUCAUUUUUAAGUCAGACUGGUCUCGUGGCGGUUCUUCGGUUUCAAAAACACGAUUCACGUUUGAUUCAUUUCCAUGAAUGCCUUUUCGAACUGUGUUUUUGACGAAUCGCUUCAGAAAAGCUCGGUUCAGAAACGCUAGCAAUUGUGAAUCACCGUUAUUUUAAUGCUCGUUAAUCGGACUAUUCAGUAUCGGAAAUAGCAAUUAAAUUUGAUCCAUUUCUGCAACUCGCUUAAAAAUGAUUCAGUGAAUUAAUUCAAAAACAAAAAUAUUACGAAUUAAACUAUUAUUACAAAGUGCUUUUUUUAUUCAUUCGUUAGGUUUCAUAAAGAUUGACUUAAAAUAGUGGCAUGAUUCUUCUUCAGUGUCAAAAACAGCCGUUUGAUUCCUUUCCAUGAAUCGAUUCGAACUGUUCGUUUCAGUGAAUGGAUUCAAAGCUCAUUCGCAUAAUUGUUUGAAUGCGCUUUUUAAAUGUGCUCAGUUAAGUUUCGUCAUUGAGUAUCAAAUUAAUUCAGUCUCUAAAAAAGAAAAAACGCUUGUAUUAAUUGAUUCAAAACACCAAAGGUGCGAUCGAAUCCAAAUCGAAUCAACCGUCAGAUUGUGAAUCAUAUAGUUAUUUGAAUUCUUUUUGUAAUGCGUUCGUUAUAUGUCCCCAAAGACAUAAUUUCAUCAUUUUUCCACAGCGUUUAAGUUUAAGUCACCUACACGAAUCAAAACAGAUUUUUGAUUGCGAAUCAUGCAAUUAUUUGAAUCAAGUUUUGCAUCAUCAGACUAGUUUCUAGUUUCAAACGCGCCACUUAAGUUUGAUUCAUUUCCAUGAAUCAGUUCAGAUGAGUCAAAACCCUGAAACGAAGUUAAAAAAGUGUUUUAUUUAGUUUUAGUAGACCUAUCUGUAGGUUAAUAUUGCAGUUCACGAUUCAGUCAAUUCUCCGUGUCGCCCAGCCCUGUCGCCGCAGUCGUCUCAAAGCAUCGAUGGUGAAUGUGAAUGUUUUUUUCUGGGGUUUUUGUCCCCGAAGCGACAGCGUCAGACAGUAACGGUGGAAUGAAUGUGAGUGAUUCAUGUCAUUAAUUGUUCCUGUUUUCUCUCUCUUUCUCUUUUCUAAUUUUUAUGGAUGUUUAUGAAAGACUCGCUCUUUUGGUUUUCCUCAGGUGUUUCUGUACAAGUUUUGAUUACAGUUAUUUGCACUAUUCAUUACGGUAGUGCCGAUCAUUGUUAAUUUGAACGUCUUCUGUCUCUCAUUGUUGAAUAUUUUCAAAUACUGGUAAAAGAUCUGUGCGAUUUAUACAUUUAAAAACGAGUGCACAAAUG